AGUCAGUGAUUAAACUGAAUGAACAGCUCUUGGUCUGUAACGCUCAGAUUAGAAGAAAACACAGAGAAUAUGGACUAUGAUGGCUUUUGAAGCAAAACAGAUGACUGACAGGACAUGCUGUCACUCUGUCGUCAUGACGAUGGUCUCUUUCGCCUGGCUCCUCCCACUCAUCACUGCCACGCCCUUCCCCAGGGAUCUGCAGCCAAUCAGUUUGGUGGGACUGGAAGACACACUCCUGUAUCCCAGUUUCCAGGGUCUGAUGUCCCACAAUCACUCGGGGCGUCUCGGGCUGGACUAUCAGCGGAUGAUCCGGAUCCAGCAGAUGCUCUACAUCGCUGCCAGAGAUCAUGUAUUUGUUGUGAAUCUCACUGCAUCAGUGGAUAGAAUCAUCCCGCAACAGAUCGUGACGUGGAGGUCCACAGAUGUGUCCAAGUGCACCGUGAGAGGCAGGAACAGUGAUGAAUGCUAUAAUUACAUCAAAGUUCUUGUGCCUCGUAACGACGAGACUCUGUUUGCCUGUGGAACCAACGCGCUGAACCCCGCCUGCCGAAACUACAGAUUGAGUUCGCUGGAGCAGGUCGGCCAGGAUCUGUUGGGUCAGGCCCGAUGUCCAUUUGAGUCUCGCCAGUCCAACGUCGGAGUGUUUGCAGGCGGUCAUUUCUAUUCGGCCACAGUGACGGACUUCCAGGCGAGUGAUGCUGUGAUCUACAGGAGUUUAGGAGGAGAGGGCCGGCCCGUCCUGCGCACAGUCAAAUACGACUCCAAAUGGCUCCGAGAGCCUAACUUCCUGCAUGCUGUCGAGUACGGGAACUAUGUGUAUUUCUUCUUCAGUGAGAUCGCAGUGGAGCACAGCGCUGCUGGGAAGGUGGUGUAUUCGCGCGUGGCUCGCGUGUGUAAGAACGACCGCGGCGGCUCCACGCGUGUGCUGGAUCGCUACUGGACGUCGUUCCUGAAGGCGCGGCUGAACUGCUCAGUUCCCGGAGAAACGUUCUUCUACUUCGAUGUGCUUCAGUCGCUCACUAACGUGCUUCAGAUCAACCAGCGGCCCGCUGUGGUGGGAGUCUUCACCACACAGAUCAACAGUAUCCCCGGAUCAGCCGUCUGUGGGUUUUAUCUGGAUGACAUCGAGCGAGUGUUUAAUGGGAAGUUUAAAGAGCAGAAGAACAGUGAUUCGAUGUGGACGUCAGUGCCGGAGGAGCACGUGCCCAAACCACGGUGA